AAAGAAAAAGUUGGUAUUCCUGCAGGAAAAUUGGUCAUUAGCAGUUAAUUGGCUCAGCUGCGCCCGUUGCUAGGCUACUCAACCGGAAGAAGCGUGCUGAGUCUACGUUUACGAUUCUAGUAAACAGAUAAAGAACGAUAGUGAAAAAUGCAUUUUAAAUCGUAUGUAUAAAUCUGUGUGAUUGCAAAUGGACCGAAACAAGCUCAGAGUUAGACGCCGUCGUGACGCUGGGUUUACCUACAAACGAGAUACACCGGUGAAACCAGCGCAGAGGAGGCGAGUGGGAUAUAGGAUACUUCUGCCCAGGAAACGUUAUUACACGUUACCAGAGGAACCUGAAGAGGAAAACAGGAACGAGUCCAGUGUCAAACCAGCAAGCUUAGAGUGUGUUAAACCUGUGUCUAACUGUAAAUCGGCAUCACUCUUGAGCAACUGUGCAUUUACCGAAAACCCAAUAAACCAAACUGCCUCGCAUGCUACAGAAGAAUCUAGCCACCAAAAAAUGUCACAUGCAGGUUAUCCAACCACUCACACACCUGUUUUUCAGGACUUUAAGGAUAGCGACAGUCCACAAAGUGUUACAUCUUGCAACAUGGAACCAGACACAACUUUAAGCUCUGAGGAAGAGGAUGUGGAUUAUUACAGCAGCAACUGUUUCUCAUGUGGCUCAGCAACAUUGAGCAGCAUUCCUUCCCCAGAGAUCUUCAGAAAGGAAAAUGAGAAAUCAACAGAUCUUUUUGGUAAAGAGCAGUUGAGUCUCUAUCUUCACAAUAAAAACUCCACCUUGUUGGAUGUUAGCCAUGCUAAGAGCAUCCAGAUGCAACAACCACCCAACCUUUCUGCCAUCAUAGAUACGCCUACUAUUCCUAUUAAAAAGAUCUGCGUAACCAGCCACCACCAAAAACCUGAGUAUGUUGGUGAAAUACAAACAGACUCAUUUAAAUCAGACCUCCAGAGUAAAACUCCACCAAAACUCAUUGUGAGAAGGCCCAUUUUGUAUAAGAAGAAGGUCUGGUUUAAAAGCCCCAUCACUGCUGAGACCCUCGAAGCAAAACCCAUCCCAUCCUCAACCAGUGAGCUGUCUAACCUACAUAAGCAGGUGAAGCCAGGUCAAGGUACCAACCCAUCCAAAAUGGGUGAGAUCAGCUGUAGAGAGGAAACAUUACCUCUGAUGUUGAAGCUGAAAAGGCCACUAAAAACCAGUCAAGUGAAAGCUAGGUUUUUUGACUUUGGCAAUGACAGUGAAUGGGAUGCAUACUUUCAGUGGAUGAGAGAGAGAAGUGACAAACUCAAAAAUCCUGUUUUAUUUCCUUUCAUGCUAGGCACACAGGAGCCCUCUGUCCUGUGACAGCAGAUUUGUACACAGUGGUUUAUUUCUAAAGCAUAAGCUAAAGGUAGCAGACUUGCACUAGAUGGGCAGUUUGGGUGGAUGAAUUACUGCCACUACUACAGAAAGCUGAAAGAAUUUGAUCAAAAUGUGCUAAUUUUAAUAUUAAAUAAUACAACUGCUUUAGUGUAUGUUAGGCUGAUGAAAUUAAAAUGCAAUAUAUAUUUUGGGAUUCUCUGUGCAUUAUUGCUAUGAUUAAAGUGUAAGUCACAAUGAAAAAAAUGAUUUAUUCAGAUUUGUAACUGUCUUUGACUUUUUAUUUGUGUGUUGUUGUUUUUUUUUUUACUUCAAAACAGUGUUUAGUUUAAAUGGAUGUUUUUGUAAGCAAUUGAAUGUGUGGAUCAAUGUUAAAUGCUGCAUAAUGAAAAAGAAAAUGACCACUAGAUGGCAGACGUGUAUUUUCUUUCUUUCAUGACAACUGUUUUUCUUCAUCCUUGUA